CAACCCGUUUGUGCCGGUGGCAGCCCCCGCACCGACCUCGGCCCUCGAUGCAUUCAUGCAGCCCCUCAUGGCGACCGACCAGGCGCCGAUGACGGCGCCCGUCCGCGUCCAAGCCCGAGUGACCAAGCCCAAGAACGUGUUCGCUGCACUCCAGGACGACGACGACGACGACGAAAUGGCGCGCCCCCGAUGCUCUUCCAGAUGAAGCCUGCGAGCUUCCAGAUUGCACCGCCAAUGUUUGAUCCUGACCUGUAA